AUGGCGGCAACACGCGCAAGCAUUACCUGCUACUACGACCUUAUCUCGCCCUACACCUACAUGGGUUUCAAGGUCUUCAACCGCUUCCGCAAGCAGUGGCCCAACGUCGAUGUUACCUUCCACCCCAUGCUCCUCGGCGGCGUCAUGAACGUUGCGGAUUUGGAUAGGAUCAGUGGAGUGACAGGGAUACCAUUCAAGUUCCCACAAAAGUUCCCCAUCAACACCGUCCUCCCCAUGCGUGUCCUCACCGCCCUCCAGAUCCACGAGGCCGAAAAGUAUGAGCAGUGCAUCGAUAAGGACGAAUACUUCAUCCACGGCCGCGACAUCUCGCAAGCAGACGUGAUCCAACAAGCCCUCAGCCCCAUCUUCAACUCGAACACUGCCAAGGUCGAAUCCUACCUCCAACGCGCCGCACAGGACCAGGAGAUCAAAAAGAUUUUCAAGCAGUACACGGAUGAGGCGGUCGCAAAGGGGGUCUUUGGCGCGCCUACGUUCAUUGUUCGCAAGGCUGGUUCGGACGAGGAGCUGUUGUUCUUUGGAUCAGACCGGAUUGAGAUGAUUGCUGCCACCUUGGGACUACCCUAUACUGGACUUACAUCCGUCUCGAAGCUUUGA